AUGUGUGAUAUGCCUUUCAUUCCUAUCUUCCCUAUCUGCUUCCAAUGCGGCACUGAUCAGAAUCCAUGUCACUGUAAGGUGGUUGGCCCGACACUCGGGUUCUUCACCACCGUUGUGGCUGCGAUCUUCUGUUACCCCCUAUCAAUCUUCUGUGGUUGCGGUUGCACUCAAACUGGAAAGGAGUAUGUCCUGCUGUCCUGCUUUUUGAUACCCAGACUAACAAACAGUAGCAUGCUGGGAUUCCCUGUCAAGCUAAAUCAGAAGAUCAGUAAUGCCAUACCAUUCUGA